AUGUUCUGGAAACGUGUAGCUGAGUAUUAUGCAUCUAGCCCACAUGCGAAAGAGAGUGGUGAACCUAGAGAGUGGCCCAAUCUUAAGCAGAGGUGGCAGAAGAUUAAUGACUACACCAACAAAUUCUGUGGUGCUUACGCGGCUGCAGAGAGACACAUCAGUUCUGGUCAGAGCGAGACUGAUGUCCUCAAGGCGGCUUAUGAUAUUUACUUCGCUAAUCAUCACAGGAAAUUCAAUCUGGAGCAUGUGUGGUGUUUGUUAAGGUUUGAGCAGAAGUGGCUCAGUCUUAACACUCCUAAACCUAGUGGGAGUGGAAAGCGAAAAGCUGGAGAGGAAUGUUCGCAAACAUCAAGCACCACUGUUGGUGAUCAAGACGUGCGUUCAGAGGGUAGCAAGGCUGCUAAAGCUAGAAAGAAUAACACUCAAGGACUAAAAUCCAUUGAUGAGAGUAAGACCAUAAUGGAGUUGAAGAAGGAGGAUCUCAUGAGGAAGGAGAAAUUGUCGAAGCUUGCCAUUCUAGACACACUCCUAGCUAAGCCAGGAACACUAAGUGAGGCUGAGGAAGUUGUGAAGAACAAGCUGCUCGCUCAGCUUUUCUGA